UGUUGUUGUAACGCACCAACCGGAAGCAACACAAGCGGAGAUAAACAAGUGAGAGCGCGCUGAGCGGUUGUGUGUGAGAUACCUACAGCGCUCGAGUUGUUGUUCGGUGUUAUUGUGUUUAACGUCAUCGGUAGAUGUGUGUGUUGUGAUGAUGAGAGUUGCGUUUUGUCUGCUCGCCGUGUGUGUGUUGUGUGUGUGUUUGGCGUAUAAACCGGUGAUCAUCGUUCACGGACUCUUCGACAGCUCGUCAGAUUUCAACAUCCUCAUCAGAUUCAUUAAUGCGUCUCAUCCGGGCACGAACGUGUCGGUCAUCGACCUGUUUGACCGCAGUGCCAGUCUCGAGCCGCUCUGGACACAGGUGGAGGGCUUCACACGGGCCAUCUAUCCCAUCAUGCAAAACGCUGCUGACGGUGUGCACCUCAUCUGCUACUCACAGGGUGGAUUGAUCUGUCGAGGGAUUCUCUCCACUCUUUCGGAUCAUAAUGUUCACUCGUUCAUCUCGCUCUCUUCACCGCAGGCGGGACAGUAUGGAGACACAGAUUAUCUGAAGUAUCUCUUCCCACAGUUUGUCAAAUCCAAUCUGUAUCACGUGUGCUACACUUCAGUGGGUCAGAAGAUUUCCAUCUGUAACUACUGGAACGAUCCUCAUCACAGGGAGCUGUACGUUAACAGCAGUGAUUAUCUGGCCUUAUUAAACAGUGAGAGGACAAACCCCAACUCUACCGCCUGGAAACAGAACUUCCUGCGCAUGAAGAAGUUGAUUCUGAUUGGAGGUCCAGAUGAUGGAGUCAUUACACCGUGGCAGUCCAGUCAGUUUGGCUUCUAUGAUGACAAUGAGACGGUUGUUGAGAUGAAAAACCAGAAGCUGUUUCUCAUGGACACGUUUGGUCUGAAGACGCUGUACGCUCGAGGAGAUCUGAUGUUGUGUUCUGUGCCUGCUGUUGCUCAUGUUUACUGGCACUCCAAUGAGACGGUAUAUAAAACCUGCAUAGACAAGUGGCUGACGUAAACAACAACAACAACACCUCAUUUACUUCCAGUCUGAUCAUUAUCGUCAAACACACAUACAUGACCGUCAGUGCCUGAAUCAUCUCACAUCCGCUGUUUACAUCUUCUCCACACUGCUUUGUGUUGUUUUUAAUGUGUUUAUGUUUUUCUUUGUUUUAAACGAGUGACGGAUGUGAACGGUUCAGGGCUUAUGUUUGUAAAGGGACAGUAAAGAGGGACUUGAUGUUUUAUCUUUUAACUCAGUUUAACUUGAAACCUCUUGAGAGUUUUAGUUUUAAUGAAUGAAUGUCAUAAAUGUGAUGAAUGUGAUGUGUUUUGUACUCAUUGAGAACUGUGGGGUUACAGUAAGCACAAUGUGAUGAUGAUGAUGAUGAUGAUGUGUUUACACAUCCACCGUCAGUAUUGUAGAAAACAUUUAGUCAGAUUUAUUGAUGUCAUAGCAGUGUUGUUUGUGGAUGGUCUGGUUUUAUCUGCUUUUAAGCGAAUGAAGUUUAUUGAACUACAUUUUCAGCUGAAACUGAAAGAUUUUGUAAAAGAAUUGUGCUGCUUUAAUGUUUUUACAUUUUAUGUCAAGGUUAAUAAAAUGCUAAUAUUUCUAACAUCA